AUGCCUUUACCUUUGAGUGAUCUUAUUAGUUUAGAUGGAGCUAGCAAGGUUGUGAAAGUUAAAGCAAUACAUACAAAGGCUCGUGACCUGAUUGAGAGGAAGAACAAAACCACGGCUAAAAAGGUUAACAAAAACCGAAAGCAUAUAGUUUUCGAACCAGAAAAUUGGGUUUGGGUACAUUUGAGGAAGGAGAGAUUUCCUGCUCAGAGGAAGACUAAACUUGAUGCUAGAGGGGAUGGCCCAUUCCAAGUGCUUGAGAAGAUCAAUGACAACGCCUACAAGAUUGACCUACCAGGUGAGUAUAAUGUCUCUGCUACUUUCAAUGUUUCUGAUCUCUCUCCUUUUGAUAUGGACACAGAUUUGAGGAUGAAUCUUUUUGAGGAAGGAGGGAAUGAUACAUGCUCGGAAAGACAACAGGGGUAUUCUAAGACAAAAGGGCAGAAUGGGAAUUUCACACUUCCAGAGGGCCCCAUCACUAGAGCACGCGCAAAGAAGCUCAAGGAGAGUUUUGGAAACCUGGCAGCGUUUAUGCAUAUUGAGUUACAUCAAGUUCUAACCAAGGAAGAAUGGGCAAGGCCUAUUGGGCAAAGUCAAGACAGCAAGAAGCCCAAUAAUGCUUUCCGAAUUCAGUGGGAGGCAUAA